GCGUGUUCUCCUUGUUGUGCGCCGACGGUGCGACUGUUUUUCUGGGUGCAAUUUUCCUCACAGUGAUGGAGCGUUUAACAGCGACCGAGGGCCGCGCCAUUUUGUUGUCAGUCUUUACGUUAGCCUGAGGAGGAGAACUCAACCGUGCUGACCGUCUUCGCUGCGAGCCGUUAAGGUUAUUAGACUCCGCCAUGAUGUUUUGAAGCUUCCCGUCGUUCAUGCUGACCGUAUCCAGGCGAAACAACCCGUUCUCACCCGGGUUUACUUUACAAUCGGCAGAUUAGACUCACAACAACAGCAGCAGUCCGUUCAAAUUGCCCGCCCGCGUCGCGUAGAAAUCACCACAGCGGCGUUUUCCGGUGACGACAACAGUCUGCGCCACUUAUCUCAACUUUUGCUGUGUAAUCUGCACAGUCAAGGCUACGAGACGUCUGCUAUUUCAGAUUAUUAUAUAAAUCUUUCAGCUCAUACCUGUUAUACACAAAAUGGAAUAUUUAAUCGGGAUACAGGGACCUGAUUUCGUCCUCGUCGCCGCAGAUAACAUUGCAGCCAGCAGCAUCAUUCAGAUGAAACAUGACUAUGACAAGAUGUUCAAACUAAGUGAGAAGAUUUUGAUGCUGUGUGUCGGAGAAGCGGGAGACACUGUACAGUUUGCAGAGUACAUCCAGAAGAAUGUUCAGCUCUACAAAAUGAGGAACGGUUACGAACUCAGUCCUGCAGCAGCAGCAAACUUCACACGAAAGAAUCUUGCAGACUACCUUCGGAGCAGGACUCCAUAUCAUGUGAACCUGCUGCUGGCGGGCUACGAUGACACAGACGGCCCGGGUCUCUACUACAUGGACUACCUGUCUUCCCUGGCCAAGGCCCCCUUUGCUGCACACGGCUAUGGAGCCUACCUCACUCUCUCCAUUCUUGACCGGCACUACAGACCUGAUCUGACCCGAGAUGAGGCAGUGGAUCUGUUGAGGAAGUGCAUCGAGGAACUGAACAAGCGCUUCAUCAUGAACCUUCCCUCCUUCAGCGUUCGUUUGAUUGACAAGACGGGCAUCCAUGACCUGGAGAAGCUCACCUCUAGCGCCAAGUGACCGCUCACUGCUUAACUAUCAACCCUCACGCCCUCGUUUCGCUUUCUUUUUUUUUUUUUGUACCGUUGACCUCCUUGCUCUUUCUGUUCCAAUAAAAAGUGACACACAGUUGAGAUACAA